AUGCCGUUGUCGGUGCUCACGGACGAGCAGAUCGGUGGCCUGCUCGAGGCCCUGACGCUGGACGAGCUCGACUCGCUCCGCUCGAGCCUCCAGCGAGCCCUGCAUGAGUACAGCGUUGGCACGCAGGACAGGUCCGCCCAGGAGGACGAGCAGCCCGAACGCCAGGCCAUCUACUCCGAAGCCACCGGCACAAAGACCCUCUUCAUGCCGUCACGAGGCCCCGCCGGCCUCGGGGUCAAGGCACUGACUGGCUGUCUAUCUACCUUUGCCGCCGGCUCCGCCCGCCUUUCAGUCAUAACGCUCACGUCGCCCCCCGCCAAGCCCCCAAGCCAGCAGCCUAGCGCUGCGGGCAGCCCGGUGGAUGGCAAGGGCAAAGAAGCCGAGGCCCCGGCCCCGGCCCCGGCGGCGGCGUCGGCGCCCGUGAUCCGGCCGACCGGGGCCAUCACGCUCUUCUCCCCGCAGGGCGCGCCCGUGGCGAUUCUGCACGCGUCGCAGCUGACGGCCUUCCGCACGGCGCUGGCCAGCCUGUGCCUGGUGCACCGGCGCAGCACCGUCAAGGUGCUGACCGUGUUCGGGGCCGGCCUGCAGGCCUACUGGCACGUGCGGCUGGCGCUGGCGGCGCGCGGGCGCACCGUCAAGCGCGUCAACAUCAUCAGCCACCGCUACUCGGACUCGUGCCGGGACCUGCUCCGGCGCUUUCUCGAGGUGCCGGCCGAGGUCAAGGCGCGCGAGGGCUGGCAGGCUUGCCAGUUCGGGAUCCUGACGCCGAGCUACGUCGAGUACGCGCGCCUGCUCAAGGACCAGGUCCGGGCCGCCGACGUGGUGUUUUGCUGCACGCCCAGCACCGAGGAGCUGUUCCCGGCGGGGCUGCUGACCAACACCGAGGGUCGCAGGCGGGGCCGGCUGCUGGUGGCCAUCGGGUCCUACACGCCCGACAUGCGCGAGAUCCCGCUCGAGGUGCUCCGCCAGGCCGUGCGGCGCCACCCGGCCGACCGGCCGCACUUCCACAAGCACGCCACCGAGGGCGGCGUCGUGGUCGUGGACACGCUGGACGGGGCGCUCAAGGAGGCCGGCGAGCUGAUCGCGGCCGGGCUCCGGCCCGACCAGCUGGUGGAGCUGGGCGAGCUCGUCAUGCUGCAGGAGGCGCAGUCCAGGGAGCAGCAAGGGGGCGACGAGGCGGCCUCGGAUGGCGGCGGCGGCGGCCUUGGCAGCGGGGCUAGCAGCCCCACGGGCUUCGAGUUCGACAGGCUCGAUCUCACGCCGGGGACGCCGUCGCUGUCGAGCGUGUUCGGGUCGCCCACCAGCCGGGCGUCCAGCCGGGCGUCGUCGCCGAGCCGCAAGAGCACGGCCCCGUCCACGACGGCGUCGUCCACGACCGCCACCGACCCGGGCAGGGCGGCCAAGGUGCUCCCGUUCCUGCAGAAGCGGUCCUCGAGCAGCCACAGCACCGCGUCGGAGCGCCGCAAGAAGAAGGACGACCACCUCGCCGCGUGGCUGCAGAGCGGCAACGUCAUCUACAAGUCGGUGGGCCUCGGCCUCAUGGACCUCGCCGUCGGGAUGCACCUCGUCCAGUUUGCGAGGGAAAAGGGCGUCGGGACUCACGUGGAUGGGUUCUAG